ACGCGCGGCGCCGCCGCCACCACCACUACCUACGUACAUCUACGCCUCCCUGGCGGCCUCUCUCCCGCGAAGAGUUUGUACGAGUUCGUGUGCACUUCCGGCCUCAGCGCCUUGUGUUUCCGGGUCAGAGGCUACUCACUCUUUGAUUGGGCAGCUGCGGGGGAUUUAAAUGUAAACCGCCGGCGGCGGGGUGCGAGCUAGUGGGUAACUAGGCAACCGACUGCUUCUCCCUUCGCUCGGGGCCGUCCGAACCGCCUCAACUGCGCAAGGAGUAUGGCUACCUUUCAGCAAAAGAUCUUAAAUAUGCUCAAGUGUUUUAGAAGACAAUGGUGCUUAUUUUCAGACUCAGAAAGGACUACUGUUUGUGGUGCAGACUGCAUGAUGAUGGCUUUACAGCUAUCAAUGGCUGAAGUCAAUAAACAGCUUCAUGGAGAUUUCACAGUAUCUCUUAGUGAUGUGGUGGAAACCUGGAAAUACUUGCUACAUGAUAAACUGGGAUUGACAUGUGAGAAUAUGGAAGCACCUGAAAACUAUGAUGAUAUCAAAAAAGCUUAUGAUACCUUCUUAAAGAGGAGUAAUAUGUUAGAUCUAAUUGAUAUUUGCCAGAAGUGUCGUACAUUAACGUCUGAAUCUGAAAUUGAAGAGAUGUCCCCUGUUCAACUGUUAAAAUUUAUCUCUGGCUUAUCAGAAGAGAAUGGCUCUAGUCUUUCCAUACCCUCAACACCAAUCAGACACAGCCAGGAUAAUGUUAAGUUGCUAUUGAUCGUGAAGAAGUUUGUUUAUGCAUAUUUAAGCCUGUUGGUGAAUUCUAAGAAUGAUCUGGCCGUGGCUCAUGUUUUAAAUAUUCCUGAUAGAGGACUUGGAAGAGAAGCCUUCACUGACCUAAAGCAUGCUGCACAGAACAGACAAAUGUCCAUUUUCCUGAUGGCAACAUCUUUCAUCCGAAUGAUAGAACUUGGAGGAAAAGGUUGUGCACCUUCACCAUUUGAUACUUUAAGAACCCAUGUAAAGGGACUUUCAGAAUUUGUUAAUUUUAUCGACAAGCUGGAAGAAAUCAUCGGCGAAGUCCUGGAUCCACGAAUUGCAGGGGGGCGAAUUCUAUCAACAAUCAAGAUACACUUGAUAAAAGGCCGAAACAGUGGGGAUCCAUUCUGUCGAGCAGCAGAGGAAGUUUUACGAGAUUUGGAUUUAAGGAUUAAAAAUAUUAUAAAUUCUCAACAUGAAGCUGUGACUGCUAGCACCACUGGAAUCAGUCCAGCCCGGCCAAAAUUACAUGCCAUAAACCAUGGCACUGCCUACUGUGGCAGAGAAACUGUGAAGGCCUUAUUAGCUCUUUUGGAUGAAGAAGCUGCCAAUCUUCCUACCAAAAACAAAGCAGAACUAUUAUAUGGUGAUGAAAAUGUAACUCCAUUUGGAAUCACCUCUGUCUUAACACUCUUUAGAUCUCCAGCACAAUCCACUAGGUCUUCUCCAAAACCUCUCAGACAACGAAUUAAAACAUCUGUUGGUGAAAGAAAAAUUAAGAUGAAGCAACCCUUAAUCAGGUCCCAGUUUGCUUGUACCUACAAAGAUGACGUGAUGACUGAGAAGAGGGAUCAGCACUUCUUCAGUAGGAGCCAAAUCCCGACUUGCAUACAUCCAGCACCAAAACAAAUGCUUGCUCUCUGUUUAGAAGCUGAGACUUUUGCAGAAGGUGUAAAGUCACCUCCUGAAAGACCAGCACUUGGAACCAGUUCUGGAAAUGUUCAUUGGAAUGGAAGUAAAAGUGAAAAAGCAAAAAGUUGUCCGCCAAGAAACAAGAGCUCAAAGAGGAAACACAUGGAUCUGAAUAGUGAGAAAGUCAUCUGCAAUAAUGAAAAUGAGCCACCUCAGUACACCAAUAUUAAGAGACCCAAGAUAUCAAACAUACUACAGGAGAAAUUGGACAGCAAACUAGAUGGAGCAGCAAAAAGCAACAAGGCUACAGCCAAGAAUAAAUUGAUUGCUGGUCAGAAAAAGUUAACUGACUUUUUUAGACUAUGAAUCUUUUAUUUUUAUUUUGAUGUGUAUAUAGUAAAUUUACUAUUCCAUAAUAAACAUUGUACAUCUUGAAAGAACAAGAUAACCGGUGCAUUAACACAUUUUGGCUUCACAGUGUCCAAAUAUAUUAUGUUAAAGUAGGUUACACAUAUUAUUCAUUAGACAAAUAUAGUGACAAGUCUUGAUUGUACAGAAUUUCAAUUUCAGUAACAAUACAUCAUAACUAUUACAACUAGGUCAUCUAGUGAAAAUGUCAAUCAUGUUUCCCUCUACUUUGAAAUACAGAUAGAAGUAUUUAGAUGUAAAUAAAUAGCAAUACCAAAAGCACUGUAACUUCAAGUUUCAUUAAAUUGGCAACCAAUACUUCUUCAGAGAAGAGGCCAACAGUUUUCAAACUUGCCAACAAGGUCGAUAGACUCUUCCCAACAUACACCUGAGCACUGAAGAAAAAAUUUUUUUACUCUUUUUAUAUUCUAAGUUGAAAUAUUUUUUCUGUGGAAAAAUACACAUAUACUUACUGUCAAAAUCUCUCCUUCCUAUAGGAAAUUUAGCUGAGUUUUCUUCAUCCCCGAUCUCUCUCCUUUUCUGUAUUGAUUCAAUAUUCUGAAUUUCAGUGUCAGCUGGAAAAGCCAUAGAUCCUUUCAAUGCAAGAUAAGGUAGCUGUUUUAUACCUAGGUUCAGUGGCAAACCAUGGCUUAUGAAAUUGUGUUUGGAACCUAUAUUCUGAAGUAAGAAAAAAAGAUUUAAAUUUUAAAGACACAACGUUAACAUUAUGUUUAGUUCUUUUUUUGUUUUUUUUUCUUUUUCCCCAUUCAGAACAAAGGCAUUGUAACAGACAGUCAUUUAAAAGACGUACAAUGCCACACAUUGGAACUCUGUCUAAGCCACCUUAUAAUCAAAGUGCAUGUCAAAAUAAUGUGGAUGAUCAGCUUAAUUUCAGUUUAGUUAUUCAGUGGGACUGAAACCAUCUUGGUAUGUGUGGCUAGUCCUGUUGACAUUCUAAGAUAUAUUUUUAGUACAGAAUGGGCAAAAUUUUCAAACAAUGAUAUCUAAAUAAAAGUAGACUGAUAUUUUCUUACAGAUUAUGACCACCUGGAAUCCUGAUGAAAAUCAGGUAAUUUGUUUAGUUUCCCAAACUCAGAUUUAGGUGACUAACAUUAGAUACUUAUAUUUGAAAACUUAGUAUUCAGUAAUUGCAUGAUCUUGUAACUGAAACCAUCCACCACAACAUUCUUUUAAAUUGUAAAUUUUUAACCCUUUUAAAAGGACCAUAAAUUGAGCUUUUAUUCAUGUUUUAGAGUUCAAUAAAAAAUUGAAACUCACUAAGAA